UUUUGGUCUAGAUAUCAAUGAAGAUAUUGACAGAAAUCAUGAUUUACCAAAGUAUUUAUGUGUUAGUGUCUUCAUCAUCAGAUACCUGUACGACCAUUUUUUGUCGUAAUGGCGGCUAUUGUGAGGAGGGGAGAUGUGUAUGUCAAGAGGGCUUCUACGGAAUUAGAUGUGAAGAUGAGUGUGAUGGUCCAGAUUCUUGCAACAAUCACGGCGCAUGCGUAGGGAUUCCUAGGAAAUGUGAGUGUGAUAUAGGGUAUCAACCUACUGGAUACUACGGAAAGCAUUGUGAAGACUCAUGCCAUCCGUCAGUGAAUGGUUCCUGUGGAUUUGCAGGCACCUGCUCUGGGGCGCCGCAUAGGUGCGUCUGUAAACAAGGGUUCCAUGGCCCCUGGUGUGUAGCAUGCACACUAGACAUUCACUGUAAACAUGGUGGAACCUGUAAUAGUGAUGGAACAUGUACGUGUAAGAAAGUAAUUCCAGAAAUCAGAGGACUGCACUGCGAAGAGGUGUGUGUAAAAGAUUCUGACUGUAUGAACGCUGGGAAAUGUUUACCCAAUAAAACAUGUAAAUGUACGAAAUUUGAAGAUGGAUUCCGAUGCAUCUCUGCGGGUAAUCGUGGUUUUUAA